UCUCUCGCUCAAUACUCGUAUGAUUACCGUAGUAGAUAGCUCACACGUUAUACAUCCUAGCUUAGUAACGAUGGUGGUAUCGGUGGAUAAAUACACAGUGCAGUGUUCUUUGGUUGGAGACGGCAUGGUGGGAAAGUCUUCUAUUGCUAAAGUCUUCACGGGACAAGCUCUGGAUGAUGGAUACAUCGCUACUACAGAAGACAGCUACUCAGCUCCCAUGUCAGUAGCUGGAGACAAAUAUACACUCAGCAUUCUGGAUUUAUCAGGACAGCAUGACUACGACAAAGUCAGAAGACAGGAUUACAGAAGCAAUGACAUUUUUGUCGUCUGCUUUAGCACCGUGGAUCGGGAAUCUUUGGAGAGCGUUCAGGAUUUCUGGAUCCCAGAGAUCCGGCAGAUCGACAGGAAACGUCCCAUUAUUCUGGUGGCGACUCAGACCGAUCUAAGAAAGGAGGAUUCUGAUCACAUCACUGCCGAAGAGGGUCGAAAUCUCGCUAAGCAGAUCGGAGCUUUCAGUUACCUCGAGUGCUCAGCUGCACAAAAAACUGGUGUCAAAAAUGUCUUCGAACAGGUCGUGAUGGCGACUCUGAAGUGCAGGAAGCGCCGCUCUAGUCUCAUCAAGCGGGUGUUCAGCCGAUGAAAACCCUAUGUAAGCAGUGUAUGAAUUUUACUUCGAUAUGAUCACCCGAUCAUAACAAUUCCUGUUGCACAUAUUGCAUCACGGAGCAACGAGUUCAUGUGUUGGGAUACCAAAUCGAGAGAGCUAAUAACCCGAUCGAGUUGAAAAAAAGCUGGUUGUGGCUGAGGACACUAGUGAAGAAAUGCACCGAUCGAUGCUAAAGCAUUACGUUCUUACAGGGACGUUCUACAAAAGAUUUGUUCUCAGAACUUUGCUGCCGUGGAAGUCAGAAACUGUGAUUCCCGGAGACCGUGACUGAAUUUUGUGUCGUCAUGACUGGGGUGUACAAUACCCGAACAGUACGAGGCGUUAACCGUUUCAACGAGCGAUAAAAUCGAUAUGAUCUCUACUGCAUUGUACCUUAUAAUUUUCCUUCAGGGCAACAAUUUUCAUGUUUGAUGAAAACCACCAGGUGUGAAAUUAUAUUCCAUCAUCACUCUUUUGUGUGGCGUGACUCUACAAUUUGUAAAGGACCUUGAGCUUAACUGAUGUAUUGCAGUAAUGAUCUAUUAAUUUGUAAAGAUGUGUUCUAAAGCAUAUUACAAAUAAAACAAGAUAUAUUUAAA